UGACAGACAGACGACGAUAGUGCUAGCUGAGAAAAUUUUGUCAUUUGCUUAUGAAUUUUAGAAAUCUAGUUAAAUUUCCAAAUUUAAUUUUUUAUUUUAAAUUCAAAGUGACUUAAUUUUUAACAAGGUUUAAAUUUUGUUUAUAAAAUAAAAUGGAUACUGAAAAAUCUAGCAACAGCUCGUUUGAAGAUCUAACAAAUUUAAAUGAAAACGAUAUAAAAGACUUAAAAGAAAAUGCUCAAGAAGAUAAAGUUUCAAAUUCAGAAAUUGAAGACGAUAUUUUGGAUAUAUUAGGUAAUGGGCAGCUAACUAAGAAAACCUUAGUUAAAAGUUCAUCAGAUGUUAAAGCUCAAAGAGGUCAUAUAAUUAAAAUGAAUUAUGUUGGUAAGCUUGAGGAUGGAACCAUAGUUGAGGAACAACAAAAUUACGAAGUUCAAGUUGGAGACUUUGAUGUCGUACAAGGGUUAGAUAUGACACUGGCACUCAUGAGUGUUGGUGAAAAAGCAGAGAUCUCUGUCGAUCCAAGAUUUGCUUAUGGUUCUAUAGGAUUAAAAGCCGGAACUAAAUACUCAAUAGCUGCAAUUCCACCAGACGCUAAGAUUAUUUACACUGUUGAGUUGUUGGACACCAGAGAGGAAGAUGAGGAAAGUAUUAAAUUAUUUGAAGUUCGUAAAAAAAUUGGAAAUCAAAAAAGGGAAAGAGCAAAUUGGUGGUACAACCGAAAUGAAUUUAAUAUUGCCAUUCAGAUAUAUAGACGGGCCCUUGAAUACUUGGAUGAUAUAAAUGGUGGCAUUACUGACGGUGUUACUGAUGCCGAGUUAUCAAACAGCGAAUUGCAGGAAUUAUUGGAAGAUCGACUUAUAGUAUAUAAUAACUUGGCAAUGUCCCAAAUAAAAAUAUCAGCGUACGAUGCAGCUUUGAAAUCUGUGGAAACAGUUUUAAGAUGUCAACCAAACAAUUCAAAAGCUUUGUUUAGAAAAGGAAAAAUCUUAGAUGCGAAAGGUGAUACUAAAGGAGCGAUUUCUUUGCUUCAGAAAGCGGCUACCUUGGAACCUGAGAGUAAAACCAUCCAGCAAGAACUUGCAAAAUUAAUAAUUAAAUCUAGAAGAGAAGAAAGAAAUGAAAAAAUAAUGUAUCAAAAAAUGUUAGGUCGUGCUAAAAAGCUGGAACAAAAUAAUACUUCAAAUAAACAAGUCAGCACUGAUCUUCCAAAAUUGAAAUUAUUAGGGUAUUUAAUGGGCUCAAUUCUAAUAGGAGUCGCCGGUGUUGCUAUGUACAGAUACAAAUAUUGAGGAGAUAAUACAACAAAUUAAAUUUUAUUAGAAUGAAGAAAUUCUUCAUUAGUUAGAAUGUAAAGUUAUUUAGCUUUUUUGUUUUCUGUUUUACUCUAUUUUUCAGUUAUUUUUGAUGAUAAUUUGGAACAAUCGCAAUUUUUGUUUGUUUUAAAUAUAAUUAAUAUCUUGACGUUUUGUUGCAGAAUCCAGAAAUUUCAAAAUUAUAUGUUACUUAUAUUUUUAAUAUACAUACGUAUAUAUUGAAUAAAAGGAAGAUAUUACAAUUAUGCAAACUCAAUUUAUAUUAAGUAAAUAUAUACAAAAGAAUAUUAAUUGUAUAUUUUGUUACUAUUAUUGCUUUUUUCCACAUAAGUACAUAUGUACAUAUUAUUUGACGAUUUUUUUAGUUUUCUAAAUUCAAAUAAAUUUUACAUUAAAAUAAAUACCAAAAUUAAUAAAAUAUCAAGUUUUUGUUGAUUUCCUAAUUUUCAAACGUCAAGAAAUUUAAUUUUUCAAAUGCUUUUAUAAAAUUAAUUUUUAUUUUAUUUUAUUUAGAAAAUAUUGAUAUAGUUAUAUUAUUUAAAUACAUUUAAGCAAAUGUGCUUCAUUAAGAUCAAAAAAUAGGGGUGAAGAUAAUCUGUAUUAAAAAUGUAUAAAAGAAAAUCAUAAAUUAAAUAUAUGUAUUUAAUUUUAAAAUCGUUAUUAAAACAAUAAAUUUAAUGGAGAAUAUGUGAAGUGUAGUGAAGAAGAUAAAAAACCUUUCCGUUUUAUUUUUAAAUAUUUAAAAAUGGUGAUGAAUUUAAUUUUAUACCUUUUUCCACAUAUAAAAUAAGUGAACGCAUUAGAAUAAUUUUCAUGGUAUAUAUUUUUUUUGUAUUUCUCUUUUGUAAGUUUAUACAUUAAAACAUUUUAUUUGCUUUAAUAUAAUUUAAGUUUGUUUCCUUUUUUUUUAUUUUCAUAGCUUGAAUAUUAUGCACACAUACAUAUGUAUAUGCAAUAUUAUUAAUAAAUUUAUAAAUAAUAUUAAAAACUACAUAUGAACAUAAAUUUUAGGUUCCCCUUUUUUGUACCCUUAUUGCAAGCAAUAUUAAUCAUUGAAUCUGAAAUGCCAAGAAAAUAUCAACAAGCCAUACUUAAUUAUCAUACAUAUAGACAUUUUAAUGUUCAUAAUUUUAUUAACAUAAAUAUUUUAUUUCAAUGUUGAAAUAAAUGUAUUCAAUUGGAUUAAAAAGUUCAAAACAGAAACUGGCACAAAUUUCAUUUACAAACAUAUUUAUGUUAAAUCAUUUUUCCCUUCUAAUUUUCAAAAAUUAUGACCGGUAUUUUGUUGCUCCCAUGUCAUAUUUUAAUAUAACAUGAGAACAUUACAAUAUGACAUGGGAGCUAUAUCCCAUGUAAUAUCAAAUUCCUAGUACGUAUAUUCUAGGAAAAUGUUAACAUUAAAAAAUAAUUAAAUCAUUAAGUCUUUUGGUAUUUCGCUUUGCUUUCAAUUUAUCUUUGCAUGAACUUUGGCCAUACUCAUGGCACACCCAUUUACAACAGUUAUUGGAAACUUUUUAUUAAAGUUGAAAAACUAAUUGCACUAACAAAUUUAAGGAAGAAUGUUCCAAAAAAAUUUUUAUUUUUAUAAAGCUCUUACCUUUGUCUAAAAUUUUAAAAAUUUAUAAAAAAAAUAAUUUUUAUGUAAUAAAAGAUAAUUUGGUAAUAACAUUUUAUUUCAAUCCAGUAUAAAUGUAAUUAAUAUGUGUGUACACAAUUGCAGUGUGUUACUGCAGCAUAUACUUUUGUUUUGGAACAGGCCAUUAUUAUCUCCAUUUCAUAUGCAUGUGUAUUCCGUGAAUGAAAAGUAAAGUUAAUUAACAGUUCUAUCCUGCUAUACAUGCAAAAAUUAGUUUCAAAAUUUUACGAUUCAAGAUAACAGAAGGUUAUUUAUUGUAAAAAUAUGAGAUAAGGUUUAUUUUUAUACAGGGUUUUAAUUGUUAUCAAAUAUUGGAAUUGUGAAAUUUCCAUAUAAAUUUGCAGCUCACAGAUAUAUUUUUCAUUUUAUAAUAAAAUUUAAAAUGAAUAAUCACUGUAAUAAAAGAAUUAAUAUUAUACUUAAUAUUAAUAUCAAUGUCGUAUAGAGUAUUUUUUUUAAAUUUUUACUACUUUAAAAUUUAAAAUACAUGUUUACACUAAUAUCUAAUCAAAUAAAUUUAUAUUGAAAUUAAAAAGUUAUUUUAAAAUUUUAAAAUUUUUCUUAUUUUACUGCAUUUUUUUUUGUGCAAUUUAUAUUUUUAAAUAAUUUUUGCUGCUCAAUUUGUUAAU